AUGUCAAUACACGCAAGUCCACUCGAAGAAAGCCAGGACAGCGUUGCCCAGAUACGACCGCCACCACCCAAGGCCGACAACUGGCGAGACGCAGUCUAUUUUUCGACUAUAAUUCGGCACAGUUCCAAAAUCUACGAGUUCUUUGGGAUCUCGAGAUCCUCAAUAUCAUCGUCCCUAACUCCACCGGCCACUGUUUUCAUGUCGGCUGCCCUCACACAUCAGGACACCCCACAAAAUGGAACUGGCACCACAACGAGCACAACCAUGAGCGGCCUCCUCCCCAUCCAGACCGGAAGCACCCCCACAACGCAAAGUUGGCAAAGCCCCAAAAGUGAUACGGGAAGCUAUCCUAGCUCGAAUGGGCCUGUUGAGAUCGCUAGAGGGCAACCGCCAGAAACCCAACGCCAGGAAACUGAGAGUCCAGUGCUUCCAAAGGUUAGGCGCCAUGGCGUGUACGGGAUGGACAGGUUCAAAAGUGGCUUCAAAGACGAACCAGAUGAGCCCGGGCGAGCACAGGCUGGCGGCAUUUUCCCGACUCGCACGAUAUCACGCACCCCGACAGCGACAAGCAGUAGACACGCUAGCAUCACUCGACAGCGGUACACGUCUGAUGCGACGCAGACGCUGGUGGAUGUGGAAAAGACGGAAAGGGUGAGGGCAGAGUCUUUGAGGAGGCCGAGCCUUCAUCGUCGGUGGGGGAGCCUUUUGCAGAGCGCUUCCCCUCUGUGGUUUGCCACGCCAGCCUCCCUCGCGCUGCUGGCGAUGAUUAUGCGCCUUCUUCCCAGGAUAUCGAUCGACUUUCGAGGCCUCAGGACGACAUCCGACGUUUUCUUCAUGGGGGAUUUGAUCUUGUUUUCGAUAGCCACUCCCUUGUUCCUCCUUCGAGUGGGGUUCUAUCCCCGGCGAAAUCUGUCGCUCCCGAUCAUUGAGCGCGAUUCCCUUCAGUUUGCCUACCUUCCGCUCUGGGCGACUUCGUUCCUGGGUCUGGUCAUGUUUGCGGGGUUUGUUGUCGCCGAGGGGAGAGUCCACCCGGCACGGGGGUGGGGCAUAGCGGUGUAUGUUUGCUGGUGGAUAGGAAUGGUGUGGGCUGUGGCGACAGGCUUUGCCAUCCUCACGGUUCUCAUGUCGAGCAGCAGCGUCAAAUCCAAGACGGCGCACGGCAGGUUUGCGCCUCUGCUGGCCGUGUUGGGGGGUGUCACUGGCGUUGCGACUGGUGCGCUGAUUGGGGCGGCGCUUUGUCUCCCUGGAGUCGGAGUGAGGCCGGAACAACACAGGAUAUUUGACGACAGGCUGGCUGAGCCGGUGAUUUUCUUUUCGAUUUGCGCCGUGGGGGCCGUGCUGGUUCUGACGAUGAUUGUCUACUCGGUUUUGAUGCAUGAGCUGCUGCUGGUGACCGGUUGGCCACCACCGGAGCUGACGACAGCCAUAUUCUUCUUCAUAGGCCCUCUCGGCCAAGCAGGAGCUGCGUUGCUCUUCCUUGGGGACGCUGCUGGCAAGGUUGUUUUUCCGCCGCCAGCAAACUACGGCUCUGAUUUAGGAGGCGUUGUUCCCACGGUAACGGAUUCAGGGGUUAGUGGAGACGAUGGCGUGGCGCCAGCAGGGGGCAUAGCGAUACAGCACAAACUGAGCCCGUCCCUGGCGACUUUGCCCUUGAACAUGAUAGGGUUGACAUUCGCCUUGCUUCUGGCAGGAAUGGCCAUCACUUGGCUGGUACUUGCGUUUAUCAACCUGCUUCACCGCAUGUCCAGGCGCGAACUGUACUGGAAUUCGAGCUGGAACGGCCUCGUUUUUAACAUUGCCACCAUCUCCAUCACUUCGCUCUGGCUAAGCUUGUCGUUGGAGUCGCCAUUCUUUCGCAUUGCGACUUGUAUCUUUCUGAUACUCUCGCUGUUAACUCUACUGGGUAAUCUGGUGUUUCUCGUGUGGUUGGCUAUCAAGCGCGAGUAUUGUGUUAGGUGA